AUGGCGAACGAAAAUACUCUUAGCGACUUAGAGAAGAACAGCGGCCCCGAGGCCAAGGAGAUUGAAGAGGGACACUUGAAGGAUGAGGUAGCUGAUACUGUCUUCGCUUCUUCUACCCCUGAGCGAAAUUUGCUAUGGAGGCAAGACAAGCGCAUCGUGCCCCUAGCCGCGGGCAUCUACUUCCUUUGCUAUCUAGACCGUUCCAACAUCGGCAACGCCAAAGUCCUCAAUUCAGCGAGCCAUAAUGAUAUGCAGUCCGAGACUGGUACCUCGAAUUACGAAUUCAACAUUGCGCUCAUGAUCUUCCUAAUCGGUUAUUUCUUAUUCGAAGUCCCGUCGAAUAUUCUACUUAAGAAGCUUCGCCCGUCUAGAUGGCUCGCCUUCCUUAUGUGUUCUUGGGGUGUUAUUACCAUUGGCAUGGGCGGUGUCCACAACUAUGCCCAGAUGACCGGCGUCCGUUUCUUAUUAGGCGCCUUCGAAGCUGGUCUUUUCCCCGGGCUAGUGUAUUAUUUAACAUUUUGGUAUAAAAGCGAUGAGCGUAGUGUACGAGUAGCCUUCAUUCUCGCAAGCGCCACUCUUGCUGGUGCUUUCGGCGGAGCAAUUGCUUACGGAGUCGGCCAUAUGAACCAGACUCGCGGCUUGUCUGCCUGGAGAUGGCUUUUUAUGCUUGAAGGUAUCCCUUCAUGUCUAUCGGGAAUCCUCGUAUGGUUUUUCCUACCAGAUUACCCCGAGAGAGCUUCUUGGCUCUCAGAAACCGAGAAGGAUUUGGCUGCGCAGCGAUUAUAUCUUGAAGGCGCUAAAGGCUCAGCUUCUUCUAUGACUUGGGACGAUGUCAAAGAUACGCUUACAGACUGGCGACUAUGCGGGCACUACGCCAUUUACUUCGCAGUCUCAUUACCUUUCAGUUCUCUCUCGUUGUUCUCACCUUCGAUUGUCGCUGGUCUAGGCUUCCAUGAUCUAGAGGCUCAACUAAUGACAGUACCUCCAUGGGCCGCUGCUUAUGUAUUCCAAAUUCUCAUGUCAUGGUCGGCGGAUCAUUUCAACGCUCGGGGUUAUCACUGCGCUAUUGCCUCAUUGAUCGGCGCAGCGGGCUUCCUGGCUUCUGCCGUACUACCGCCUGAUGCUUACACUCAUCGGUAUGGCUGCUUGAUCGUUGGGACCGCUGGAGCGUUCGGAUGCAUUCCGCCCAUGCUUGGCUGGCUGACCUCGAACAUGUGGAGCACGGCGUCCAUUGGAUUGGCCGUGGCGCUCAAUGUCAGCAUUGGCGCAGGUCUCGGGCAGAUUCCAGGAGUAUGGAUAUACAAGGCCGAAGAAGCGUCAAAAGGCUACCCAACCGGUCAUGGUGUGAACUGUGCCAUGCUUUUCUUCGUAGCUUUUGGUGCUCUUGGAUUGAGAUAUUACUACGGACGAAAGAAUCGCACUCUACUAGAUGGAGCCGCUGAAGGCGUAACUCCAAGACUUUACAAGCUGCAGGUUGGCGGCGUGAACUGCGACGUCGCGACCUUCGCUAACGUGCUUCCGGCGGCGGCCAAGGUAGAAAAGGUCGAGUAUGUCAGCGCCGGGAGCACAUUCGGCGAGCCUUUGACGGAUCUUAUGUACCCGAUCCCGCCGACAAACUUACCGGAACUAUGCGCCGUUAUCAUAUCCGUCGCUUCAUCGCCGAUUUCUUCGUAUAGGUUCGGAAUAUUCCUACCAGCAGAGUGGAACGGCCGUUUCCUCGCUGUUGGCAAUGGAGGAUUCGGAGGCGGUAUCAACUGGCUGGAUAUGGGUGCCGGUGUUAGAUACGGCUUUGCCGUUGUAUCAACGGAUACUGGUCACAACUCAACGACUGGAGACAUCUCCUGGGCUCUCAACAAUGCUGAGAUGAAAGAGGACUGGGGCUGGCGUGCCCUACAUGGUACUGUCCUAUUAGGUAAAAACCUCGUUACAACCUAUUAUGCAAAGCCUAUCGGCCAUUCAUACUAUAGCGGAUGCUCGACGGGCGGUCGUCAAGGGCUUAAGGAAGUACAGAUUUCUCCCGGUAGCUUUGACGGGGUACUUGUUGGUGCUCCAGCUUGGUACACAAGCCGCCUCAAUACUUGGAUUUGCAAAAUUGCUACGUAUAACUGGCCCGCCGACGACGCUAAGCAUAUCGACUGGGAAACGCUACCACCUAUCGGCGCCGAGGUCGUACGCCAGUGCGAUGACAUCGACGGAGUCUCCGACGGCAUCAUCAGCUCACCGGAACAAUGUAACGUGAACUACGACGCCUUGCGAUGCAACAACGGCACCAGUACCGCAGCAUCCAACUUUGCUAAUUCCGACAACUGUCUGAACGACGCGCAGAUCGAUACGUUGAAAAAGCUGUACACGGGAUUUACACUCGACUCGACAGGAGAGCAAGUGAUGCCCGGUCUACUUCCCGGGUCCGAGAACCAAAUGUACACGCUCCUCAACUACUCAGACGCAAGCCCAUACGGCCUAGGAUACAUUCGAUACUUCCUCCUCGAUAACCCGCUGUGGGAAGCAUCGCAGUACAACGACUCGAUACUAGAGCUAGCCGAGAUGUUGGAUCCGGGUAAUGCCACGGCAAACAACUACAACCUAACAACGUUCCGCGACCGCGGUGGCAAGAUGUUAUUAUACCACGGAGCCUCGGAUGGCCUAGUCCCCGCUACAGCCGGAAGCUUGUACUACGAACGCGCGGUAGACACGACGAGCGGCGGCGACGUAAACGCCACGCGCGAGUUCUUCCGCCGCCUCGAGAUCCCGGGGAUGCAGCACUGCGGAUUAACAACGGUAGAUGCGCCGUGGGCUCUUGGCGGCGCUAGCCAAGCCGGUUCUCUGGGAAACGACACCUACUCGGUGCCUGGGUUCGCGGACUCGCAGCACGACGUCCUGCUCGCGCUUAUCGACUGGGUGGAGAAUGGGAAGCCGGUCGACCAGGUUAUUGCUACGACAUGGAAUAGCGUUCUGGAGCCGUCGUCGGGGGUGCUGCGGCAGCGGCCGGUUUGUGCGUAUCCGGAUACGGCGAAGUGGGAUGGGACGGGGAAUGUAAACGAGGCUGCGAGCUGGAGCUUGGUGAUAACUCCAGCCAUGCAGCGAAUAGCGCGGGUUCGCUGA